AUGUCAUCUUCAUCGGCGUCCAAGGCUAAGAAAUUUACACUAAAGACUGUUCUUGAUGGAUUACGCGGGUCAGGAGGUUCUUCUCAAAAUCGUCCGGAUACUGAAAUAGAAGAAACAUUACGUAGUGAACACUAUCAUGUGACCAAGACUGUGCGCCAUGGAUUUCCCUAUCAACCCACAGCUCUUGCGUUUGAUCCAGUUCAACAUUUGCUGGCUAUUGGUAAUCGAACCGGUUCCUUAAGGAUAAUUGGGCAGCCUGGAGUGGAUUGUCACUGCAGCCAUGAUGCAGAUGUGUCUAUCAUACAGAUUUUAUUUCUUGUCAAUGAGGGAGCCCUUGUAACAGUCACAAAUGACGACCAUCUUCACUUGUGGAACUUCCGACAGAAACAACCCAGCAUUGUCCACUCACUCAAAUUCCAGAGAGAGAAAGUGUCCAAGUGUCACCUUCCCUUCCAGAGCAAAUGGUUGUAUGUGGGGACAGAGAGAGGCAACGUACAUGUGGUCAAUGUGGAGUCUUUCACCUGCUCUGGUUAUAUCAUCAACUGGAACAAGGCUAUAGAGUUGUCUAGGAAAACACAUCCGGGACCUGUCGUACACUUGAGUGAUAAUCCAGUGGAUCCUAACAAACUUCUCAUUGGCUUUGAGUCUGGUGCCAUUGUGUUCUGGGACCUGAAGACCAAGUCGGCAGAGUUUAGAUAUAAUUCCCAAGAGGCCUUGAGGUCUAUAUCAUGGCACAACGAAGGCAAACAGUUUAUGUGCAGUCACUCAGAUGGCAGUCUGUCUACUUGGAAUGUCAGGUCACCGCUGAGGCCAGUAUCUGUCACCUCACCUCAUGCCAAAAUAGGAGCAGACGGCAGGCUGGAAAUGUGCAAACCUAUAGCCAAAGUUGAAUGGAGAUCAACGCGGACUGGAGAAGCAGUGGUCAUCUUCUCUGGGGGCAUGUCCUACGACCGCGCUGCAAGAACCCCAAGUAUAACUGUCAUGGCAGGCAAAAGCAUUACAGUGCUAGAGAUGGAGCAUAAUGUUGUGGACUUUGUCAGCCUCUGUGACACUCCCUGGGCCAAUGAUUUCCAGGAUCCAUAUGCUAUUGUUGUACUGCUACAAAAUGACCUUGUUGUUAUAGACCUCACAUCACCAGGAUACCCUUGCUUUGAGAAUCCAUAUCCGAUGGAUCUGCAUGAGUCACCGGUGACCGCCUGUCAGUAUUAUGCCAACUGUCCCAUGGACAUCAUUCCUGCCCUCUACUCCACAGGCAAGAACCAGAAGAAGACUGGAUUCAGUGAGAAGCCAUGGCCGAUUAAAGGUGGGUCUUGGGGGUCCAGUGGGACCAGCUACCCAGAGAUCAUCAUUACUGGGCAUGCUGAUGGAUCAUUGAAAUUUUGGGAUGCCUCUUCAGUGACACUGCAAUUCUUAUACAAACUGAAAACGGCCAAAGUUUUUGAGAAACCCAAACGACCAUCAGAAGACAAAGAUGACGACCCGUUUGCUAUACAAAACAUCUUCUUGUGCCUAGAGAGUCGCAUCAUGUGUGUGGCGGGGCCAACACACUGUCUACUGUUUAAGUUUUCCAAGCAAGAGACAGUUGUAGAUGUUGUUGCUCUGGAGUUCCCUAUUGUGUAUGAAAUCUUUGAUGAGCUGGAUUCCCCUGAGUUUGACUUCUCCAAGCCGAGCUUAACUGUUGUGGGCCAACACAGUGGUAGUAUGGGGUCCUACUCAUCCUCAGCUUCAGAUAAUGCCCGGUCAGAAACCAUGACCUCUGUGAAAGCAAGAGGAGGCACUCAUCGCUGGGGUCCCGGAUUUCUGCCUGACCUGGUCUGUAUUUUGUGCUGGGUCGAUGGAGAACCUCCAGGCAACAUCACGGUCAUGUCCGUCAACUCUUCCUACGGCCUCCUGGCCUUCGGCAACGAGUCCGGCCUAGCCAUUGUGGAUUACCUGCAGAAGGCUUGUUUGCUGAACCUGGGUACACCAGAUUUGUAUGGUUCUAUGGAUCCUUAUCAACGAGCACCUAGGUCACCACGCUCAAAGAAAGGACCAGGAGAUGUUGUAAUUCCAGGCUCAGACGAUUGUAAGUCUCCGACAGUUGAGCAGUCAGCCUCUAACCUUACCCCUAAUUAUGGGAGUGACACUAGCCCAUCUGACAUUCCAACCCCUAACAGUGCCCUAAAUCCAGAAAUACCAGUCUCUGGCAUUGGAGAGGUUAUGGCUCCCUCACCACAGUCCAAGCAGGCUGUCGUCAAAUCUAUGUCCCUGUCACAAGUGGCUUCUGCUAGAACUUCUCCGGUGAUCAACCAUGGAAACACCUUAGCUGAUGAUUCUCACAGUUCAUUGGGCAAGUCUUUGUCUUUGGGCUCCCCAGAAAGUGUUCCACAAUUGUCAGCUCCUCACUCGACUCCUGAAGGUCCACAUGGAUUUCAUCACAGUCCUAAAAUAUCCAGAACCACUCAAAGGAUGUCAUCAGAACCUCUCGGACCUGUUGAUGAAGAUUACUUCAAGGCAGAAGUUACAGUUGAAAGAAAUGACAUUCAGAGAGAAUUUAACAUUCCAAAAGCUCCCCCAAGAAAUAAACACAAAAAUAAGACUUUAAUCAAGCGACCAUUGUUGUUCCUUAAUCAUGACCACAGCAAAACUCCUGUCUCAAAAGCUAUACCCUGUAACACAGAGCAGAAAGCUGAGUUCCCUCCUGUGAAAGCAGUAUGUCUUUUGCCACGAUCUCUUAGUGAAAUGGGCCAGACCAGCAACCAACAGGCAGCAGACACUUGUAUUGCAUACAACACUGAAGCUAUGCUGUGUCCGUCUUCUGCCAUGAAGUUAAAAUGUGCCAGCGCAGGUGACAUUGCGGCAGAUGAGUGUGUACAGAUUGACAGUUUCACAUCAGAGGCUAAGAAGAAGGAAGAGCAUGCUAGAAAAACAUUCUCUGACCCGGAGAAUCUAGACGACAGUGACAAUGAGGCCCGACUGAGGGAGCUACUCCGAAAGUCUUCCUCAGACAGUCAUAUAUCUCUGUCGGAAAACAUUCCUGUUGUAGAAAUGAAUCAGCAUUUAGAGGCUAACAAGCAUUGGCUAAUGAAAACAAUACAGAAAACAUCCAAGACAAAGAAGAAGGAAGUUGAUGGCAGAAAAUGGAGUGAAGAAAAUUCUGAGCAGCAACUGGGGGAUGGUGACCUUACAGACAUUUCCUUGAACAAAUGUGACAUUGAUCAGAGUGAAAGUUCAGCCAAGUUUGGCGCAGAAUUACAGGAUGAACAACAGGAAGAAAAAGAGGUGCAUGAUCAGGUUGGUUGUGUUGAUGUCAAACACUCAGGGAACACUGCCGGCUUCUUUACUCAAGUCGGUUUGAAGAUCAAGUCUCUCAGCAGCAAAAAGAUCACAACUGAAGAUGAGGACGGGGAAGUGUCUGCUACACACAAGGUCCAACCGAAGACUCAUGAACAACAGCUCAAAUGUAAAAUUGAGGUUCUGGACCUAACGGAUGAUGCAGCGACAUGCAAACAUACUGUUCGCAAAUUCAAUCUGUCUGAUGUGGUGCAGAUGAGGAAAGCUUUGGAAAAGGGAGAUAGUUCGUCGUUUUCUCGUUCCCGCAGUUCUAGCAUGUCUAGUCUGGAAAAUGUUACCAAAGAGGCAAUCCAGUGUCUGGUGUUCACCGACUCGUAUACCCGCAAGCAAGAUAAUGAGACGUCCCCAUGUCUGUGGGUCGGCACCAGCCUGGGUUCUGUGAUUGUUAUAGUCUUGGUGAUACAGCCGGAACAGCGGUUAUCUCAACCGGUCAUUGUUUCUCCCAGCGGGUCACUGUACAGAAUGAAAGGUGCUAUUGUUUGUAUGUCCUUCCUGGACUUCAAAGGUGUCCUGAUACCGGCUGUGAGUGAACAGUGGAGGGACAACAGGGACAACCGGGAUUGGAGCAGCAAGGUUGCCGCUUCCAGACAGAUGUCUGUGUGUAACUCCAAGCCCAGGAUCUCCCCAACAUUGUCUGCCGAGAUCAGCAGUGACCGGCAGUUUGCCAUCCUGUGUUCAGAGAAGCAAGCAAGGGCCAUCUCGCUACCAUCACAGACCUGUGCUUUCAAGGUGAAGGUCACGGAAACUUCCUUUGUUGUCAAGGCAGACAUUGUGGCUAUGAGAGAAAGUGUCUGCCUCAUGUGUUAUGUUGCCAAUGGCCAUAUUGUGGCCUUCAGUCUACCCAGCUUGAAGCCUUUAUUUGAUGCAGAUUUCUUACCUUUGACAGACUACAGGCUGGCAAGGACAUUCUGUUUCAGCAACAACGGCCACGCCAUGUACCUGUGCUCCCCCACGGAGAUACAGAAAAUCACCUACUCUGCUGAAAUCUCUGAGAAUUUGAACGAAAUGCUUGGAGAACUAUUUCUUCCAAAAGACACACCUGAGGCCCCCAAGCAAGGCUUUCUCAAGACUCUCUUUGGGGGAGGCAUGGCUACUCUUGACCGUGAGGAACUCU